UAUAAAAUAUUAUUUUUUUAAAUUAAGGCAAUCUAACCUUUGGAGCAAAGACGUAAAUCAAUGAUCAUGAAUUUUGUCCUUAUUACACUGAAGUACGCCUGCAAAACACACCAGCAAUGGUUUCUGAAGAACGACUGGAUCACAUUAUACGGAGCAUUAGUGAGGAAAGAGAUCUUCAUCGCUUUCUUCUUGAACUCAUCCCGGACCGAAAUGUAACUUUGUCUAGAUCGGCAGGAAAGAGAGGAAACAUUGCAACUAUUAAAGCCAAGAAGGAUUUGGAAAGGUGGCAUGGCGGAAUGAAGACAGCAAACCAGAACUAUCUGUUGAGUCUCGCUCUAGAAAGAGCUACAUGCAAACAACUUGCCAGGACUUUCUUCCAGGUUCCUGAAGAUCUCCUGAAGGCGAUAUCCCCACAAGACGUAGAACUGUUCGUCUACAACUUGACAGGAAGACACUGCACGAGGCUUGCUAAAGCUGAAUGCAUCGCUGACAAGAAUGGGAUUAAAGCUGUAAUCGAUGAUAACAAUGAAGAUCUUUUUGACACUCGUCGAAUGAUCAGUGCACGGCUUGCUGGAGAUGAAUGCAGCAACUACGAGAAAAGGUGCAGGCUUGAUGAUGCUAUCAUCGAAAUUGGUCGCCAUGACAUGACAGAUUUUUUCAAGACAACGUCCUAUCGAGUUGAAACAGGAAAUGAAGUAGUAGGACCACACCCUGAUGCAAAGGCGUUCAAUAGCAGCAGUGUAUUCGAUGACGAUCUGGCGGUCUUGCUGAAACAUCUCCCAUCAGAUGCACUGCAUUUGUUUUUUGAGAAGCUUGGCAUCACAGUUGACGAGGAAAGUGACGAUCUUGAAAAGAGGCUGCGUGAUUGGAGGGACAAACAGAUGAGUGAUACUAAAGCAUGUGUCCUGCAGGAUCUUGUCUCGAUUUACCAAGAUGUGCUGAACGACAUAAUCAAAGUUACAGAUGGAGAACUGAAGAACUUGGUUGAAAACAUCCCUAGUGAACUUGUGCAAGAUCUCACUUCAAGGCUUGGCAUAGAUACAACAAACGAACGGAAUAAAUCGCUUCUACAAUACCUGAAAGGUUGGAGGGAUAAUCAUGAAAUAGGGACAUGCCGUGAGGCUCUGAGAAAAGCACUCCAUGAAUCGGGAUUAUCAGGAUGCAUUGUCGGCCGGCUGCCUCCUCAUCAUGUAUACCAGGCUGAGAUGGUUCGUUUAGCAUACAACAUUCUAUACAAAGAUGUUGAACCAUUGGCCACACUUCUCGGUAUGGACACGAGCAGACGGAAGGAAGUUCAGAAAGCAGAUAAGGGAACUGUUGGUCUUUUGAUAGAUCUAUUGAAUCAAUAUAAGGAUGAUGAAGUGUAUCGGCGUCACGAUUUCUGUGUUGCACUGGGGAAUCUUGGAUAUCGGGAUGCUGCUCAAUUAACCUUCUUCGUGUUCCCCAAUCUUCUUUAA